GUCUCGGAACCGGAACUGCAUAUAUGGAGAAAAAGACCUGAGCAUCAAGCUGCACAUAUGCGUCCCUCUCUCCUUCUGGAUUCUGUAAUCCAUGCAUCCAUCAGCUUUAAGCCCCUGCCUGCUUUGACCUACCAUCAUGAAGGACUGUAACUUUUACAAGACAUAAGACCAUGGUGUCCGAGUGCUGAUGGAGACCACUGAGCACCAUGGCUUUCCUGAGACAGGUAAGAAGAAUAUCGCAUCCUGAGUGGUGACCCAUCAGGACUGGACUAACCAGGAGAAUGAAAAGAUUCUGCCUCCAGAUCUACUCUCCUCUGACCAGAUCAUUGACUUGCUGGGAGAAGAGAAGGUAGAAGCAAUUCAAGAAAAAAUGGGAGCAUUUCUGAAUUUUAAAGAUAUCCAGACUUGCCUACGUGACGCCAUCCUCUUGGAUUACUAUGUGUCUGGGUUCUGUUGGGCCAAGGAAAUGAACUUUUCUAUCGGCCAAUAUUCAAAAUUUAUGACUUUGCUGGACAUGUUACUUCAUAAUCUUCAAACACUGCACAUGUCCCUAGAGGACAGCAUUAAGUGGCUCGGGGAAGUGAUGGCUGAAAUCGGACCAAACCACUCUCGGAGGAAUGAGAAAUUUCAUGUCUUCGACGUCAACGAAGCCAACGCCAUCAUCGAUUACUUAAAAAUCAGCUUAUUCCAGCACUACAGGCUCUACGAGUUUCUGUUCUACUCGACCAGGGAAGAAAUUGUCAUCGGGACCGAGCAAACCAUUGAGGUAGUCAAGCCUGCAGACUACCCUUUCCCAGCCCCCCUGGAAGAAGGUAUGCCAUUGGACAUGUAUUCAGCCUUCGUAGAGCCGUUGCCAACGCUGGACACGGAACAGAAGGGGCUGGAUCAAGAGCAAGGGCCUCAGGAGACCCCGCUGGAGAGUGAAAUGGGAGAGGAAGAUCCCUUAGGUGGCUUCACCAUUGAUGACGUAAAAUCAGCCCUGGCGCGAGUAACAGACGAGGUUUUGAUGAGCAUACAGAAGGAGAUAAACGAAAAACUGCAAAUACAGGAAGAGGCCUUUAACGCACGAAUAGAGAAACUGAGGAAACCCUGAGGACGCAGUACAAGCAAAGCGAUGCUGAACUUCAGAGAAACAAACCAAACCGUCCAGAAUAAUAGUGUCUCUAGAGCGCUGGGUCACUUCCACGCAGCCGUGGAAGGAAAACCCACUUCCGGUUAUCCUGACUGAUUGGCAGCUCAUUGUCCCACCCUUCCCCUCUUGAGUUUACAGUGCCAAAUGCAAGAGCAUUGCUUUGUGUGUAUGAUUUUGGAGAGUUAUAUAAGAAAAUACAAUUACUGUUAGUUAGGAUGGUGUUUUGACAAAUAAAUACUAUUCAUCUUCCAUGGGAAUG